AUGACUGCUGGCGAAAACAUUUCGAAUCGCUUGGCGCCGACUUCGGCCGACGGCGGCGCGUCCGGCGCGCGUUCGGACCGGUUCCCUCUUCAGGGUGGUCCACGACUGCUUUUCGUUCCGGCUUCAGCAUCUGGUCGUUCUACUGCUUACUGGGAAGAUUAUUUUAACACUCGGUCGUCAUUCAGGCUCAAAAUCGCUUCGCAUUCACGUCUACGUUGGCGAGUUGACAGCACAUUGCCAACUCCGAUCGUUGACCGAGGCAGCGUCGUCAGGCUGAGUGCAAGAUCCGAUUUUCGUGAAGCUGUCCAUCGAACAAUAAGCGAAGGCAUGAGCUUACCACGGUUGCCGAUUUUGGCUGGAGCUGGUCAAGUUCCCAUAGCACCGUCACCUCAGCCUCCAGCUAAUUCCGUCAGUGUUCCGCCUCCAUCAGUAAUGAGAGCAUCGUCGUUGAGAUCUGAUGAUGCCACAGCUUCUCAGCCGAGAAAGUUGGAAGUAGUAUCGAAACAAGCUACUAAAGUCACCGCCUUGUCUACUAAAUUAGAAUGGAAAAUUGACCAGUUCGAGAAACUGAUGAAACUAUUCAAAAACGGUCAGAAUCUCAUAAGCAGACAAUUUGGCGUCCCACAAGCGCCCACCGUAUGCUGGGAACUACACGUUUAUCCUAAUGGAAAGCGGGAAGAAGAUAUGAACAAUGUGUCAUUCUUUCUUCGUCAAGUUGGCUUACAGCGAGGUGAGGAACCAAUCAUGACGGAAUUCCAAAUCUAUGCAUUGGAUGUAAGCUCUCAACGGGUUAGUGUAUGCAGGGAUACGAAGGAUUUCACAAAUCAGCAGGGUCGCGGAAAAUUUCAGGUUUCUCGGGAUAAAAUGACGGGCGCACUACGAGCUGACGGAUCGCUUCUACUCAUUUGCGAGGUCGAGUACUUCACACCAGGAUCGAAAAUCUCCGUGGAACCUGCCGAUGAUGAAGAAUGUGCGCUUGAAGAUGUUGAUGAGAAAGUAGAGCUUAGUAUACGGGAAAGCAAUAGGGAAAUGUGGGAGUCGGAGCUGUUCACAGAUUGUGUAAUCAAGGUUGGAAGCAAGGAGAUCAAAGCGCAUAGAUGUGUUCUUGGCCAACACUCACCCGUGUUCCGCUCUAUGUUCAAUAAUGAGUCCAUGAUAGAAGCUAGGGAAGGCAUCAUCGAUAUCCAGGAUGCUAAGUAUGAAUCGGUGAGGGCUAUGGUAGAAUUUAUGUAUACGGGUUCGAUGGAUACAGUUGACUCCAACUCAGUCGAUGAAGUGCUCGCGAUUGCUGACAAGUAUGAAGUGCUGCCACUAAAAGAACAAUGUGAGCGACUUAUUUCAAAUACCAUCAAUCAGAAAAAUAUCACAUCCAUUGCGGUGUUCGCUGAUACAUAUAGUGCAGUCUUACUAAAGCAGGCAGUUAUCAGGUAUCUUACGGUUCAUCACAAGAAUAUUAUACGUACGCCUGAAUGGCGGGCAAUGAAAAAGGAUCGCUACGAAUUAGCCAACGAACUUCUGGAAGCGGUGUUGUCAGCGUCCAGCAAUUCAAGCAAGGGCCCUGCCAGGAAACGAUGGUGUAUUACGCGUUGCAUGCUCAUUGGUGCCUUCGGAGCACUUCUACUCGGGGCAUUCAUAUUCUUUCACAACAGGGACAUGGUAAGCAAAGAAGAUGAACUAUUGUUGUACUCAAAGUCGGAGGUGCAGAUGGACUGGCGAGUGGCGAUAAUUACUUACAAUGUGAAUAUGCAACGAGGAGAAGAGAGUGAUAUCGAUAAGUUGCUGGCGCCAGCGAUUGCUACCAAUCCACAUUUCUUAGUAGUUGGAAUGCAGGAAGUAUCACAUGGUGAAACAGUGGUUGGAGGCACAGUCAUUACAUGGCAGCGUCAAAUGUUUGAAUGGAUGAAUACUCGAACUGAUGGGCUUGUUUUGCUGGCUAAAACCUAUCAAAUGACGAAUCAAGUGACAGUGUUUGUAAAGCGGACGCUUGUUCCCUUUGUAAAACGAAUUCAAUACCGGUUCAGCCGUAGCACUAUGGGGGGUUUGACUGGACAUAAAGGGUCCAUUGGAGUCAAAAUUACAUUGCAGAAUAAUGCUUCCGUUGUGUUUGUCGUUAGUCACUUCAUCCAUGAUGUCAUUUCCUAUGACAAGCGGAUUGCUCAAUUUCAUUCGAAUAAAAUCUGCAGCUUCCCGGAAGACGAUGACGUCAAAGCAGUAUUCUGGCUGGGUGACCUCAACUUUCGGGUUGAGAAAAACCCAGAAGAAGUUACGGAAAUGAUCAAGGCGAAAAAGGAGAAGGAGUUGUUAGAUUCCCAUGAACAGCUAAAACGAGCGAUGCGCGAGAAAGAAGCCUUUGUCGACUACAUCGAACAACCGCUGACCUUUGCACCAACAUACAGGUUUUACGUUGGUACUACGGAAUACGAUUUGAAGCGCACUCCUUCUUGGUGUGAUCGAGUUUUGUACAAAGGUGAUACAAUCUCGCCAGUGAAUUAUACAUCGAAUAAUGAGGUACUGGUUAGCGACCACCUGCCAGUGCAAGCAGAUUUUAUAGUGAAGUUGAAUGCAAUGCAAUCGAUUACUUGGGAUGUGCUCUUUGAGCAAUUACCCACUUGGUAUGCUACAGUGCCUCUCAUUGGUCGGUUUCAACAUAUGAAUGGUUAUUGGUCACGUCGAGGAAGCUACUUGGACUGGGUUGGCGUUUACCCGGCAUCGAUUGAUGACUGCACAACACCUCUUCGGUGGAUGUGGAUCGCUACAUGCUCUGAUCAGACAGUACAAGGACAGCAGUACCUUGUUUGCGAGUUCGCUCCAUUGCCGGAAGGCACUUAUCGUCUUGGUUACUUCAGUCACUAUACCAUGACAAUGCCAGUAGAUCUAGUCUGGACUUACAGAUUUAUUGAGUUGGAUUAA